UGUAAAGAUGGUUCUUCAAAGGAUAUUUCGUGCUGUCAUCAUGGGACCUCCAGGGUCGGGGAAAGGAACAGUGUCUGCACGCAUAACCAAAAGUUUUGGACUGACUCACCUUUCUAGUGGGGACAUUUUGAGAGCCAACAUCAACGCUAAAACCGAGCUCGGCCUGUUGAUGAAGUCCUGUAUUGAUCAGGGUCAGCUGGUACCCGAUGACGUCAUGUCCCGUCUCAUCCUGAGCGACCUGAGAGCAUUGGGCCAGAGCAGCUGGCUGCUCGAUGGUUUCCCUCGCACAGUUUCCCAGGCAGAGGCUCUGGAUGACACCUACAGCGUGGAUACAGUUAUCAACCUCAAUGUACCUUUCCAGACCAUCAAACAGAGGCUGACCUCUCGCUGGACUCACCUUCCAAGUGGCAGAGUCUACAACAUAGAUUUCAACCCACCUAAAGUUCCUGGUUUGGAUGAUGUGACAGGAGAACCACUGACCCAGAGGGAUGAUGACACACCAGAGACAGUGACACGGAGACUGAAGUCCUAUGAAACCCAGACAGAGCCUGUUUUAGAGUACUACAGGAGUAAAGGUGUGCUAGAGACCUUCUCUGGGACAGAAACCAACAAGAUCUGGCCACACGUCGAGGCUUUCCUCCACAGACGACUCACCUCUGUCAAUCAAAAAGUUGCAUAGAAAGCCUGAGGAGAAAGGUGCAAUAAGUCUUUAAGUUUACCAGCAGAACCCACUCUGUACGCAUCGUCCAAUCAAGGUGUCACUUUCUGUGAAACAAGAGGAUAGCUGUUUGCGUGAUAAACUACUCCGAUGGUUCAACCUGUCGUCAGGUAUCAAUAGUAAAACUACAGAUGCUGUUGGAGAAACCCCACAUUAGAAGUGCUUGUUGUAUUACUGUUGCACUGUUUCCACAAUGUUGCUGAAAUCACUUUGGCAAACUCUCAGGACGUGUGCAUAAAUUCCUUCAAACAUCAGUCGUUAGAAAUCACACAGAUUGUAUCUUUUCUAUGAUGUGCCUUUAAAGAGCCACAAGGCAUCACUGAAUCAAAUAUUAAUAUCCCUCACGGUGAGAUGUUGCAGUACGACAGGAACAGUUGUUUUGGCUGGUCCUGUCUGGUGAAUGCAGUCAACCUUAAGGAGGAGUGGAGUAGUGUACACAUUUUUAACCUUUAGGUUUUCUAGUUGCAAUCAUGAAUUAUUUUCUUAGUUGAUGGCAAUUGACAAUAUUGUGGGCAUGACUAAGGUAUUUGUAACUGCCUUAUCGGGACUGUUUGUUAUGCAGUGGGUAGUUGCUCUAAAGGGAAAUGUGCCAUGUUGUUUAGCAAAUUUCACUUUUGCACUCAAGUGCCUCUCGCUGCUUUUGGAAAAGUACCAGAUAGCUCAGUGAAUGUGGUUUGUAAAUACUUUCAUGAACAUGGACCACUGAUUGAAUAAUGUUUGAACUGACUUAUUAGGCUAUAUUGAAUAUUUUUUAACUUCAAAUUAAACCAUCAUUGUUUAACAGUUUCUUUCAAACACCUCAAGUCUUAAUAGUGUUGCCUCUUGAAUGCGCCACUUUCCAUUUUAACCAGGCGUUCUGACCAAGUCUAUAAACAUGUAUUGAUGUUUGCCAUUUACUGUGACUUGACAAGUGAAAACUUAACUGUAAAAUAUAAUAACAUUCAAAGCACAGGAAGCCUGUCGUCUUGUUAGAAUGUAUAAUAGUGUUCAAGGUUGAUCUGCAGUUCUGUAUUUGCACUUUGGUCUUAAGAAUGUUUCACCAUGUUAAAAGCCACAGAAAUGCGAGUCUGCCUCGCAGUGUAGUACAGAUUUAUGCAGUGAAUGCUUCCUGAAUUGUACAGUGUGUAUUUCUAGACACUUGAAUACAAUGUGUAAAAGCACAUCUCCUCUUCAAAAACAACUUACAACUAUGUCGUGAGUAUUUAUUAUGGAUCACAAUAAACUUCUGAGACUAGU